UGACAGCUACAUUGUGCGUGUCAAAGCGGUGGUGAUGACCAGAGACGAUUCGAGCGGCGGCUGGUUGGCUCAGGACGGCUGUCUGAGCAGAGUGGGCGUGUGCAGGCUGCUGUCGGCCGAACUGCUGGGACGAAGCAGCUUCCUCAUCCACGGAGAACGCCUCAAAGACAGACAGGUCAUUCUGGAGUGUUUCUUAAAGAAGGAUCUGGUCUACACGAAGGCCACGCCCACGUUCCACCACUGGAAGGUCGACAAUAAAAAGUGCGGUCUGACUUUUCAGAGUCCGUCCGAUGCGCGAGCCUUCGACCGUGGGGUGAGACGGGCCCUGGAGGAUCUGACAGAAGGGUCGACCACAUCCUCAUCCACGCUGCAGAACGAGGCGGAGCUUGGCGAUGACGACGUCUUCACGACGGCCACCGACAGCUCGUCCAACUCAUCCCAGAAGAGAGAGCCGACGAUGCACUCGCUGGCCCCGCCCCACUUCUGCGAGGCCCGUCGGCACCACUGCAUCCUGGGACAUUUCUAUGAGCAUCACCACAGGCCCUCGGAGCACUUCUUCCUGGACCAGGCGGUGCACAUGUUCCCUCGUCACGUCAGCUUCCAGCUGGAAGAGGAGGAGAUCGUUCGCAUCAAUCCUCGAGAGCGGACGUGGCUCACCGGCUACGAGGAUUACCGCCAUGCCAACUCCACGCGAGACAAACUCACGCAGCCCGACAACCUGGACGCUUAUGUACACUUCGCCAAGAGCGAGCCGCCUAAACAUGACUACACCUACCCGUACCCGCUCAGCUGUGACGUGCAGCGGGUCUGUGACGGUAAAUCGGGCUGCCUGGAGCUGGGCGGCGGCCGCAGGGCGGUGGUGACGGUGCAGCCGCGAGCCCUGCAGCCCAAAGGGAAGAGGAGGAAGGAGGACGGUGAGCGCUCGCGAGCGCUACUUUACUGUCAGGACACGACCACAGGACGGGGCCGCUGCCAGGAAGCGCCCGACCCCAUUCAGACCUGCAUCAGAAGGGUCAGCUUCAUGUGGUGCGCCGACAGCCUGCUGUAUCACUGCAUGUCGGACCCGGAGGGGGAUUACUCGGACCCGUGCUCCUGUGACACCAGCGACGAGCGCUUCUGCCUACGCUGGACGGCGUUGGUGGGCCUCUCUCUGCUGGCGCCCUGCAUGUGCUGCUACGCCCCCCUCAGGGCAUGCUACCGCUGCGGGGUUGCCUGCCACUGCUGUGGCGGGAAACACAAAGCCGUGGGAUAAGCCAUCGCAGGCCCCGCCCCCUUUGCAUAACAAAAAGUACUAAUGGGAGGAGGCGGGGAGACGGAGACGCUGUGAUUUAUUCGUUGUUGUUGUUGUUCGUCUCGUCUCCGAGGUUUUCAAAGGAGGAGAAUAAGAACUUUGUCUCAACAGAUGUUGUUUUUAUUUUUUUGUCUCUGUGACGUCGGGAAGCGAACGGAUUUCAAAUCGUGACAAAGACCGAACAAAGAAUAUUCAUUUCUAUAUAGAUGUCUAUAUAAAUGAAUAUAAAUAUAAAUAUAUGAACAGGUACUUUAUAUUUUUACACUCAUGUGUUUUAAAAGCUCGAAUGUGUCUUCUUUUCAGCAUUCUGUCGUACGAAUGUUUUAAUGUUUGUUUGGAAGCCGCAGCUCACCGGCACGCUGCAAAAACAUUUAACCUCCACGAGACAUCCGAGAGCGUGCGAAAUACUUUCAUGACACCUCCAGCGAAUUUACAUAAAGUUAGGACAAAGAAAUGAAGAUGGAUUUCAUGUGUGUCAAGUAAAAGUGUGGAUAUAGUUAGCCUAGCUUAGCAUAAAGAAUGGAAGCAGAUGGAAACAGAUAGCAGUUAGCCUAGCUUAGCAUAAAUAAUGAAAGCAGAUGGAAACAGAUAGCAGUUAGCCUAGCUUAGCAUAAAGAAUGGAAGCAGAUGGAAACAGAUAGCAGUUAGCCUAGCUUAGCAUAAAGAAUGGAAGCAGAUCGAAACAGAUAGCCUGGUUCUGUUUUAAAAGACUGUCACGCUGCAGGGGGGGCAUGAACGUUGUGUGUCUGGGGUCUUUGGUACAUCUCGUUUCAAGACAUCGAGGGCGCACUCACACUAGGCCCAAUUACCCCGUACCCCGUAGACUGCCUCCCCCCCGCCUUCCCAUUCCCCCGCUGCCCUGCACUUACACAGCUCCAGGACUAACCCUCAGCACGGUUGUCGUCAGGCAACCCGUGGUUAAGAGCGUGUUCUUGUGGGUUUUAACCAGCUGAUUGUGAAUACUCGCGUCCGCCCAAAUUUCGAGUAAUUACUAAAUUCUGUAUCGGACCAACGUUGACGAUUCGCUGCCGUUGUUUAAAAUUAUUGUCGAGAGGUGUGGUCCACGUUGGGAUCUCGUGUGUGCUCGCUCAUGAGCAGCCGUGCCGGAGUAAACCUCUUCCAUCCGUUUCAGGACGUCCAGGAAGUGCACGGAGCACUCGCACCAGUCAAAACUUGACUUUGGGGGUCAAACGUGCUUGGUCAUAGUGCGGACUGCCUAGUGUGUGUGCACCCUUAAAUAAAAUGUGUUUGCUGCAUUGGCAGAUAUUUCUAGACCUAAACUUGAGGUGUUAUUUUAAUGUUUUUAAGAUUUAUUUUGGUGCUUUUUAUUCACGACCCAAAGAAAUGAUUACAACAUAAGCCCCACCUCUGACAAGGCAAUAGCCAAUCGUACUGAAGGAUUCAGACUUGAAGUGUGGCCCUUCCCCCCCUUGGAUCCACCCCUGAUGUUGUAGUUAGAUUUAAUUCUGCACAGACAGGAAUGAUAAAGCAACAAUUUGUUUUUGACGGUUAUGCUAACAUGUGUAGCUAGCUAGCUACUGUGUACAUUUAAACCUUUGGAGAGCGUCAGGCUAGCUGUUCCCCUAUAUGUCUAGUUUUUAUGCUAAGCUAGGCUAACUCAGUCCAUACUUAAUGAUCGUUAACGAGCCGUAACUAUCAUCAUAUAAAACUCCGAUCAUGAAGGAUAAUUAUUUGUUCCCCCUCUCUUAGUUUUUCUAAAUGUUAUCUUUUAUUUUUAAUUCCCACAUUUCUUUUUGCAGUGUGGCGGUGCAGCUGUGGUUUCCUGGCGUCCAGCAGAGGCACUUCACUGGUCUGAAAGCUGCUUUCUAAAGUCUGUCUAACAAACCGGACGGAUACACCAGUUUGGCUGACCAGUAAUACGGCUAGUCCCAGCUCUGAUAAGUCCAGAAACACACAAAAUCAAGAAUUUGCAAAUCUGCGUUUCAUCUUGUCGAAUUUAAAUUGCAAAUUUUGUGCAGAUCAAUCGCCAACAUUUGUAGUUAAAAAAAAAAAAACUUUCAUCUCCUGCUGUCCUGUAAACUGGUCCACUGGUCUGUCUGUACUGGUUUGUUGUUCUGUAGGUUUGUUUGAUGAAAGGAACAAAAUAUAUCAGGAAGGAGAACGCUAAUAUAAAUAACUGAUUCUUAAGAUUCAGAUUCUU